AUGGAGGGCGGAGAUUUUGAGGGGGAUGAGCAGCAGGUGAUGAGCGAGGUUCAUCUUGGGUGUCCACCUGGCUCCUCUGGGCCCAAUAUUUCCCAUUUCACCAUCUCCAUUCCACCUGGCGUCGAUUGUAGAAGGUUUAAUCAUCUGUUUAAAGAUGAAAAAGUCCCUAUGCACCAAAUGGUUUGUGUGGAUGAAGAUGGUGAUCUUAUGCUAACCAGACGCCAUGGACAUGGCCAUUCGCCUACUCGUAGUUUUAGUGCAACCAUCCAGCAUAAUAUCACAUCAUCAAUUCCAAAUGUUGGGCUGCAGGUUUGGAAGGCCGAAUUACUUUUAUCUGAUUUUGUGUUGCAUAAGAUGUUUACUUCGUCUGAUUUUGAUGGGAUUAUUUCAUUAGAACUUGGAGCUGGAACAGGGCUAGUCGGUAUGUUGCUUGCACAUGUUGCUAAAACAGUGUUCCUAACAGACCGUGGAGAUGAAAUCCUUGACAAUUGUGCAAGCAAUGUUGAUCUCAAUUCUGAAGUGUUAAACUAUCAAGGAAGCAUUCAUGUCCGUGAACUUGAUUGGAUGGAUUCCUGGCCACCCUCAACAAGUUCAGGAAAUUCGACAUGUCAUAAAAGGUAUUCUUGGACAUCCUCGGAUGUUGAAGAAGCUGAGAGAGCUUCUUUGCUUGUAGCUGCUGAUGUAAUUUACAGUGAUGAUCUAACUGAUGCUCUUUUCUUUAUUCUAGAGAAACUUAUGUCCCUUGGUCCAAAAAAGGUUUUGUACUUGGCAUUGGAAAAGCGCUAUAACUUCAGCCUAGAUGAUCUUGAUGUUGUGGCAAAUGGUUAUUCACAUUUCCGAAGUUAUCUUAGAGGGGAGGAAGAAUUUGACAACCUUAUACAUGGAUCCUCCCCUUGUUUUGUGGGUAAAUGUUUUGACCUGUCAUUAAUUCCGCAAUAUGUUGGAGAGUAUGAGAGAGGAAAUGAUGUAGAGCUUUGGCAAAUUAUGUACGAUGCAAGAAAACCUAAAUCAGGAUAUGCUAGUGACUGA